AUGUCCUCUACUCCAGUCAUCCACUUGUGCGACGUGAAAAAGCGUGCUAGCGUCUUGAAUGCAUGGGAGAGGUUGGGCGUCUUUUUCUACGUGUACUUGGCACGUCGUCCGAUAUUCACGUGGCAUACACUUAUCGCAUGGUGGAAUAGGACUCGGAUCUACCGCUGCUUGGGUUAUUGGGAAGAUCUUGAACCAGUCUGGGCUCUCCUGUACAAUGCCUUACCGUUUUUCAACGACAAUUGCGGGAUUGACAGCUUGAUUGACACAACUAGCUGUCUUUCAGAUCGAUCUUGCCUACGGAUUUGGCGUUUUAUUUUCCAUCGGUGUCUGUGCAGGUACUUCUGGCGGACACUUAGCCCAUAUAUUAUUGCGCAAAUUCUUGGAGCUUACAUUGCGUCCGCUUUUGUAUACAAUCAAUGGAAGGUCUUUAUCGUGGACCCGGAACUAUUCUCGAAACAAGCUGGCAUCUACGAAACAACGAUGUUCACGCCCGAUGGUCCGGCCAAAAUCUUCUUCCUGGAGCGCAAACUUUGCCUCGCGCUUUUCUUAGUGAAUCCGUUAAUGAGGACGUUGGUUUGGGGUUAUGCGGCUCCUACGAUUUCUUUGAAUUCGGCCCGUGACGUUGGUGGCCGUUUGUUCGCAUUGACCAUCUGGGGAAAGUCAGUCGUACCUGGCUCACAUUUUGAGUUCAUGAACGUCGUAGCAACCACCGAAGGCAUCGUCAUCAGGCCGAGGAUGAAAACCAUGUUGAUGCUAAUGACUCAUCGCAAGAGAAACCUGGGGUGGGAAAGCCAAUAUAUUCGAACUGGUCGACGCGGUCAGCUGUUGACGCGACCUUAUCUCGUCGGGUGGCGUCGAGCUAGUUAUGGAAAUUGUCCAGGUGUUCCCGACUCGGAGCGUCGAACAGGAUCUCUAUGGGUGAAGGACCACGAUAUUCUCCAGAUGGGUGCGAACUUAUUCUUUCGUUCUCCCCUUGAAAGCUUGACAGGCAACAACGAACGCGUUUAUGAAGCUCUCAAGUUCACAUCUCCUAACACUCAUCCCAUGGUUCCUUGGCAUCGCGUGAGUGGCUCGUCCGGCAUAAUAUCUUCUCGUGGACCUGGAACCGAUGGCGCCCAGCGCCCUUCAUCUUCAUCAUCCACGACCUCGAAAGACCACCACCGACUCUCUUCUACGUCCACCCAAACCUCAGAUAUGGCAGGGAGCCGGCGCCGCUUCGUCCUGGAAGAGCAUAACGCAGGCGCAGGGCGAGCUUGCUUAAAGUUGGGGGGAGCACGUUGA